AUGUCAAGCUCACCAAUAUAGCAGUCUUUAGUUCAUUACAAGGAGACACCAUUGGCAAUAAUGUCAUAAUAAUACAAUGACCAUGGCUUUUCAUGUGGAAGUCUAUGCUAUCAUCAGCAAAGAAUGUCAUUUUGUACACUUUGCUACAAGUUUUUUUGCUAGGAAUGUUUUAUGACUGAUUCGAUAAGUGAAUAGCACAAUGAAAGAAUUUUUGAAGUCACCUCUAUUGUUAAGCAAAUUAAAAAACUCGUUGGAAAUGUGAUGACUGACUCAUCAAAUCUUAUAUAAAAAAUGGAUAAAUACCAAAAUAAAACUGAGAUAAAAAGAGAACUAAGUUAAAUGGACAAGAAAAUGAAUGCAAAUUUCAUCAAUGAUGAAGAAGUUAAAUUUGUGGUUAAUGCAUCAAGAGAUAUAUUACAAAGGUGUUAGCAAAUCAUAUCGAGUUUGUCCUAAAAUAUGAUAUUCUAAGAUCUUUAAGUUGAAAUUUAGUAAUUAAUAGUAGAUCAAUAUUAGUCAGGCCAAGAGAUUAAGAGAGAGUAUGAUUUUAUUUGCAGAGAUAAUAAACAAAUAAUCAUGAAGCUUACUUAGCCACCUCAAUCAAAUCACUUUUCAAAAAGCAUGGCUCCAUAGUCCAAAAGUCUUAUUCAAACAAAAUUUAGAUAUUCUGAGCAAUAAAGUUAAAGUAAUAUUCAGCCUUAAUUUUCUCAACCAGGACUUGAGAUGUCUCAAGACAAUAGUUUACAAGCGAUUCUUAAACCAAAGAAGAUUAGUCAAAUCAUCCGAAAGAAAUCUCCUCAAAAAGAAAAGAAGCCUAAGAAACCUAAACUUUCAUUUAAGCCUAUUAUUGAAAGCUCAAAUGCAACUAUUGAAAAUAGCAAGAUUAAGAAUAUAAGUAAUAAUGAGGAAGAGUGGACUGAAAGUUUGUUUUAAUUCCCUAUUAGUUCUAAGACAAAAGAUGAAAAGAAAAAGUUGAGUCCAAAAAAGGAGUAAAACCUAGAUUUAAAGAUAAAAUAAGAGUAAUCAGAAGAGAUUAUUUAGUCCAAAGAAAAAAAAUCAGUUUCUCCUGAUAAAAUUGGAUCUUAAUUGAAAAAAACUAUGAAUUUAUCAAAAAAAGAUACACCUCCUGAUUCCAAAGGAAAGAAAAGACCACUUAGAUCAAAUACAGUAAUAGAAAAGUAGCCUGAAAAAUAGAGUGUUAAAAAAAGGGCCAAAAAAUCAGUAUCCAAAACUUCAGCCAAAGAAAAUAAAUAGUACAAAUAGUCAGUCUAAAAAGAGUAGGAAUCUAAAAUUGAAAUAGAGGAUAAUUAAGAUCAAGAUGAAAGCGAGAAUAACAAGGCUGCCCCGAUAAAAGGUAAAGAUCUAUCAUUCCUAAUAAAAACAAAGUAUAAGAAAAAGAGCGGUAAGAACAAAAAGAAGAAAUUGAGUACAUCUAAUAUUAACAAAGAUGAAAUUAGUAAUAAUGAUAAUCUGCUUUCUACAGCUGCUAAUAAUAAUGAGAUUCAAAAUGAUCUAAACGCCUUAAUGGAGUGUCCGAAUGAUUCAUCACCAAAGAAUAUUAGUGAAGGUGACAAUAUUGAGGAAAAGGAAGAGUAGAAGUUAAUAAAUUCAUAAAUGUCUUAAGACUAAGUUGAAGCAAUUAGUGAAAAGAGUUAGCUUUAGGGUUAGGGUAAAGCCUCAGCAGCAAGUUAAUUUUAUGAAAGCAAAAAGGUUGUAGUCAAAAUAUCAAACUUAAAAUGCCUUUUGUUUAAUCUUCUGUCAAAAAGAUUGGAGAAAGGAUUUUCAAGUAUAAAAGCACCAGAAGGAUUAAGAUCAAAGACAUCAAUCGUCCUGACAACAACAGAGAACAUGUUUAUUCUUGGUGGAGAAGACAAAGGUCAGUAUUUAGGAAAUAAUUAUAUGUAUAACUACAUAAGUCAUGAUUUUUGUGAGAGAAGCUAAAUGCUGGAAGCUCGAGUUUUUUUCGGAUGCAUUUACUUUAACCAAAAUAUUUUCACAGUUGGAGGAUGGAAGGAGCAAUAUGUUUAAAAGGCAGAAUUGUAUAAUAUUCAUCAGGACAGAUGGUAAAAUAUUCCAUCCUUGAACGAGGAGAGAGAGGAUGUCUCACUUUGCAUUGUUUAAAAUCAAUAUUUAUAUGCUUUUGGAAACGUAACAACAAGAGGCCGUCGAUUUAAAUAAAAUAAGAACAUUUAGACAAACUCAAAAUAGGUAAUGGAGUAUACUUUUGAGAGGAUUGAUGCACUAAAUAAUUUGUCUUAAGAAUGGGAGACUAUUUCUGUUAAGACAUUAUUCAGUGAUCUAGAAAGAAUGCCUUCAAUGAAACAUAUGGGUUGCUUCAAUUCCUAUUCUGAUCCAAAUAAGAUAAUUCUCUUUGGUGGGGGUUCAGGCUCUAAUAUUUCCUAGAGAGGAUACAUAAUAGAUAUAUAAAAUGAGACAUUGAAUAUUCAUUCUAAGCUUGCUAAGCAGGAUAGAUUUUAAAAUAACAUCUUGGUUUUGAAAAACGAGAAAUUAUUAGUCUUUGGGGAAUUCUACCUUCACUCUUUUAAUUUGGAGUAGUAAAAAUGGGUGAAGGAUCCUAUACCUUUAAAUACACAAGCGCUGAAUCAAAAUUGA